AGAGGUCGUUCCUUGGGUCUACCAGAUGAUGCUAGAAGGACUCGACUUGAGGCCCGUUGGUUGAAGAACAAGAUGGAACUUGGUGGACACAAAGUUGCCCUCCUUACGGGCGAAUUGGAUGUAGCUGAGCGUGAGGCUGUCAUUACUGAUUUUAGACGUGCUUCAGUCCGUGUACUCAUCACUACCAAUCUCUGUGCCCGAGACCCGCCAGCUUUGUAA